UUCCACGAUGAGGCAAAGAAAGACAACAGAUUCACUUCAUUCAUCCACAGUUCUGACUGAAGGGAAGGAGAAAUUAAGACUGAAGCAAGAGGUCGGCCUGAUUAGUGGCGUGUCAUUAAUUGCAGGCACCAUGAUAGGCUCGGGGAUCUUUAUGUCUCCAGAGUGGGUACUCCAUUAUAUGGGGAGCCCUGCCAGCAGCCUGCUUAUCUGGGCAGCAUGUGGUCUCCUGGCCAUGUUUGGAGCCUUGUCGUAUGCUGAGCUUGGAACGAUAAUUAAAGAGUCUGGAGGAGAAUAUAUUUACAUCUUGAGGAUUUUUGGUUCUUUUCCUGCUUUCCUUUUCGCCUACACUUCUGUUAUCCUGGUGAGACCAGCUGGUUUGGCAGCUGUCUGUCUGAGCUUCGCCGAAUAUGCCGUUGCACCCUUUUACCCAGGAUGCUCAUCUCCGCAGGUUGUCAUCAAAUGUACAGCUGCUGCCUGCAUCGUGCUUUUAACUAUCAUCAACUGUCUCAACGUGAGGCUGGCGACGUCUGUUAUGAACAUUUUUACAGCUGCCAAACUCUUGGCUCUGUUGUUGAUCGUGGUGGGUGGAUUGGUGCUGCUUGCCAAGGGACAAACUCAGAGUUUCCAAAAUGCAUUUCAAAACACAACUGCGGGUAUUGGGACAAUUGGAGUGGCGUUUUACCAGGGGCUCUGGUCCUAUGACGGGUGGAACAACCUGAACUAUGUAACUGAGGAACUGAAAAAGCCUGAGGUGACCCUUCCCAGAGCUGUGAUGAUUGCCAUUCCUCUGGUUACAUGCCUGUAUUUGCUGGUAAACGUGAGCUACUUGGCAGCCAUGACUCCAUCUGAACUGCUGUCUUCAGGAGCUGUGGCUGUCACCUGGGGGGACAAAGUUCUGGGCAGUUGGGCAUGGCUAAUCUCCCUCUCAGUGGCACUCUCUACGUUUGGUUCAUCAAACGGCACGUUCUUCAGCGGAGGACGCGUGUGCUACAUCGCUGCAAGGGAAGGACAUAUGCCAGACAUUCUGUCCAUGGCUCAUGUGCGGUGCCUCACACCCUCCCCUGCUCUGCUGCUUACAUCUGCCAUAUCUCUAAUAAUGAUAAUGUCAGGAAACUUCACCAGUAUUGUGAACUUUUUCAGUUUUAUGGCAUGGUUUUUCUAUGGCAUGACUAUUUCUGGUCUCCUGUAUUUAAAGAUCAAGAAACCAGAACUGCCGAGAUCUUACAAGGUCCCAAUUAUCAUCCCCAUAAUCGUGCUGAUGGCAGCUGUGUACCUGGUGUUAGCUCCUAUCAUUGACCAGCCCCAAAUUGAGAUCCUCUACAUUGUCCUGUUUGUUUUCAGUGGUGUCAUUCUUUAUUUCCCACUGGUUCACUUCAAGCGUUACCCUCGUUUUCUACAGAGAGUCACUUUGCAUCUCCAGCUGUUCCUGGAAGUUGCUCCAACUGCCAGGGAUGUAAACUGAGAUAACAUCCUCCUGGCCCUUCCCCCAUGGUUUAUCCCAGCACUUAGGUGCUCAAGGCUCAGAAAAUAAUCUUUUUGUAAGGAAGAAUGAGUAGAAUGAAAGUGUCAGUGAAAUAUCUAGCUGGCAGAGACAAGAGCCAUCACUCCUCAUGUUUUCUUCAGAAUCUGGGGGCAUGUUUUUCUCAUUUUCAGCUUUGCCUUGGCAGAUUCCAUGCAGAUUCCAAAAGAGUAUGUGCUUUUGAAUUUUCCAUCUUAAGAGGAGCUGUUUAUCAAAAUCUUAGCUCUUGUAUUUCUAGGGAACGGGCAACAAAAGACUGACAAUAAAAUGUUGUUCCCAUAGCACUCUGUGACCCUAAGCUAUUCCUGGCAAUGCCUUUAAUUAUUUCCACCUAGUUCUGUCCACUGUGACCACAGAACUUCUCAAAUAAAUGAAGCAUGGGCAUGCCAUGUUCACAACAACAAAAAAAACCCCUUUCCACUCAGGUAUUUUCUCUGGGAGAGUGUUUUUUUUCUGCUCCUUCCACUCUCGGGUGCACAGUCACUAAAGUCCUUUCUCUGUCUCAGCACUUGGU